CGUCACUUUUCGGCCCGGGAAGAACCGAGUCUUGUCGGGUACUACCAAGGAGGGUGGGUUUGGGUGCACAUCCGUCGUGAAAAGCCAGCAAACAAAAGUAGUGCGCUCCAGUCCAUGCGCCCCCGCAAAAGGCUUGCCCCCCACGCCCCAGUCCCCUCCUCAAGCCGCCAACCACCGCUGGUCUGCCCGGACGCCUAGGUCCCAGGGGUUGCAGAGAGAGGGGGCGGUCCAGACCCUUCCUCCUGCCGUCCCUGCGGCCUCCUGACCCCGGUGACCCCCCCCUCCCAACCCAGCCCAAUACUGGGGUCGACCGCUCCGCCCCGCGCCCCUCCUCCCGCGGGGGGCUUCGCCGUCCGGAGCCGCGUCCCUCUGGGCUGCGGCUGGCUGCGCACGUCCAGGGAGGGCGGAGGGAGGAGGGGAGGGCUGGGAGGGGAGGGGAGGAGGGAGAAAGGCGAGAGAAAGCGCGCUGCGUGCGGCCCCGCUGCCCAGAGCCUGCCAGCUGCGCGCCCUCGGCCGCUCGGGUCCUAACCGCGCCCGCCGCCUCGCCUCCUCCGCCUCGGCCGCGUCCCGACUCCCGGGCUCGCCCGGCCUCUCGGAGGUCCCCGCCCGACUCCGCUCUCCGCUGUGCCGCCCGGCUCCAGCCCCGCAGCCCGCCCCGGGGGGAAGGUAGCAGCGGGCGAGCGCGCCCUCGCCUCCAGCCCCGCGCCCCAGCCCCGCGCGGCGACGAAGGACCGGGAAGAUGAACGGCGGCGGCAAAGCCGAGAAGGAGAACACCCCGAGCGAGGCCAACCUUCAGGAGGAGGAGGUCCGGACCCUGUUUGUCAGUGGCCUGCCUCUGGACAUCAAGCCCCGAGAGCUGUACCUGCUCUUCAGGCCAUUCAAGGGCUAUGAAGGUUCUCUCAUAAAGCUCACAUCUAAACAGCCCGUAGGCUUUGUCAGUUUCGACAGUCGCUCAGAAGCAGAGGCCGCAAAGAAUGCUUUGAACGGCAUCCGCUUCGAUCCUGAAAUCCCGCAAACACUACGACUAGAGUUUGCUAAGGCAAACACGAAGAUGGCCAAGAACAAACUCGUAGGGACUCCAAACCCCAGUACUCCUCUGCCCAACACUGUACCUCAGUUCAUUGCCAGGGAGCCAUAUGCGCUGGCUCCCUCCCUCCGAGGCUACUUCCCAGGGCUGGAAGUCCCGGCAGUUCUGCUGAGGCUGUGUCUCGGGUGUGUGAUGGCGGCUGCAAUCUGUCUUGUGGGUAUUAAUGCGGUCUUCACUGGUGGCGACUGUCAUCCAGCUGUUCUGCAAAACUGGAGCUUGCUGGCUUGAAAACACCUUGCCCAGUUUUGAUCCCUUCAAGACUUCAUAACAGCCUCUAUCACACAUCUGUUUUCCUCAAAGAAAAAAAAAUAUAUAAUAAAAUGUGUUUUACUCUUUUACACUGUAUAAUUUUAAGAAAUGUGUUAUUUGUGAAUGCAUGGUCUGACAUUUCUGUACAGUUUGGAGACAUGAGCAGUAAAGCCAGGAUGGUUAGUAUUUUUAUAACAGACAUUUUAAGAGUGGACAGAUGGAUUCUUUACACUAGGCUACAUCACGACUUUUGUUUGAUUUUUGAAUGCUUUUAAUGGUGUUUAUCUUAUUUUUCUUCUGAAAUAAGAUGCAUGUUUGAAACAUAUCUCUAAAUAGCAUCCAAGUUUCCACAAUUGUGUUGUGAAUGUGUGGACUCCCUCUGCCUGGCCCAGAGUCAGCCCCAUUAGUAGCUGGGUGUAGAAAUGCGCUUCUGCAGUAUUAGCUCUGUAAUCCUGGCUCCCAGGGAUCUCCCUGCAAGACAAUCAGUGCCCCAAAGCAUCUGCCAUUGUAGUGUAUAAACCACUGGGCAAAGACUACUUAGGUAAUGUCUCUGAAAACCAUGGCCACUCUGGCUGUGACUAUACAAACUGUGCCCGGGGACAUAUUGACAUUCUAUGCUUGUGUCGUUUAGGAUAGCACCCUCAGAGUGUGCAACUUAAUAUAUAUCACCCAACUUCCAGAAACUGUUCCGCAGUGGAACGAACUGCAAGGUCCACCUUCCAUUUAUGUGGUUGGCCUUUAGUUUGGAGGCAAACAUGCCUCAGGCUUUGCCCACUCAGCCUGCGCUGGGCAUCACAUCUCUCAAGUGGGUCAGCAAAGCGUUGGCCUGCCUGAGUAGCUAGCUGUUCUGGUCUGGCAGCCAUGUCAGUCAGACCAUCCAUCACAUUCUCUGGAACGCUACAUGCUCAUCUUGAGACUACCUACUACAUUGCAGUGUGGGGCAUGAAACUUGGCCAUGUGCGAUGAACACUGUUACCCUUGCUUCAAGACCUCUUCAAAGCCCAAAGUUAGUCUUGUGUUGUGUGCCAACACAUUCCCAGAGGCUGUGAUGGCAGUCUUCCCGCUCCUCAAACGAGCCAUGCAUACUACGUUGACCUCAGAAUUUCCAGCUGCUGAUACUACUAGACAUAAUCACAAUCUUUGUAUCUUUGUUAUUGAUCUGCUUGUAUUGUGUUGAAAACGUCAUAUUUUAAUGAAUAUUUCGGUGGUUUGGGAGGGUUAUUUCAUUAUUUUUCAAGAGAAGUAAAAAAUGUCAAGUUUUUAAAGGUUAUUAAAAAGAGAAACACCAAGGCCUGUAAUAAGGGCCUUUUCUCUGUAAACUAGAGGCCGGGGCAGGCAGCACUGGGGAAUUAGCAUCCAGGUGGUGUUCCGUGCCACUUGACUGUAAGACUCCUCUACUUGCUUUAAAGAGAGUGAGCCACUUAUCAUCGAUUAUGCUUUUAUAAUUGUGUAAAGGUACUUUUGUAUUGUCAUUUUUUUAAAAGAUAAUAAAAGUUUAUUCCAGCCAUUA